AUGCAUGCAGAGUUUGAGAUGAGUCUGAUGGGGAAACUCAAGUUCUUUCUGGGGAUUCAGAUCAAUCAAAGUUUAGAAGGAACUUACAUCCAUCAGAGCAAGUACACCAAUGAACUUCCAAAGAAGUUUGACAUGUCUGAAUGCAAGAUGUCAAAGACUCCUAUGCAUCCUACAUGCAUCCUUGAGAAGGAAGAGGUAUUUGCUAAGGUAGAGCAUAAGGUUUAUAUAGGUAUGAUUGGUUCUCUUUUAUACUUAACUGCUUCUAGACCUGACAUUUUAUUUACUGUCAGUUUGUUUUCUUGUUUCCAAUCAUAUCCUAGAGAGUCCCACUUAAUAGCUGUUAAAAGGAUAUUCAGGUAUUUGAAAGGUAUGAUUAACCUUGGCUCGUUGUAUAGAAAAUCCAAAGAUUACAAGCUAUUAGGUUACUAUGAUGUUGAAUAUGCUGGAGAGAGACUUGAGAGAAAAAGAACUUCUGGAAGCUGUCAUUUUCUAGGAGAUAGUCUGAUCUCAUGGUCUAGCAAAAGGCAAUCAACAAUAGCACUUUCAACUAUUAAAGUUGAAUACAUAGCAGCCUCUAAAUGCAACACUCAAAUGCUCUAUAUGAAAAGUUAG